GUUUAACAAAAUUUAAACGACUUGGAUGUUCUGAAUUUAGUAUGAAAUUUUAAUUGUUGGUGCGGGAGGGUUUUCUUUUGUGCUUUUUGCAUUUUUCGUGUUUUUAAUACAAUAUUUAUAAAAGGUUUGAAAUCAAAAUCGGAAAACCUUUCAUUUAAUAAUAUACCUAUAUACGGUUAAAUAUUAAUAAAAGAUUUAUUUAAAAUGGGUGAUAGUAAGAUUUGUGAUAUAAGUGACGAUGUGAGAGAUGAAUUGAAAAAAUUUCGUUUUCGCAAAACUACUACAAAUUCAGCUUUAAUAUUAAAAGUUGAUCGUGAAAAGCAAUUAGUCGUACUCGACGAUAUGCUAGAUGAUAUUUCUCUUGAAGAACUGCAAGAACAACUGCCAGGUCAUCAGCCGCGUUAUGUGAUUUACACCUAUAAAAUGAUACAUGAUGAUUCGCGCAUAUCAUAUCCAAUGUGUUUCAUAUUCUAUACGCCACGUGACAGUCAAAUUGAAUUGCAAAUGAUGUAUGCCUGCACUAAAAGUGCUCUACAAAGAGAAGUAGAUCUAACGAGAGUGUAUGAAAUACGAGAAUUAGAUGAAUUAACCGAGGAAUGGUUAAAGGAGAAACUCAAGUAAAACAUAUAGUACAAGAUUUAUUGAAAAGAAGUAAAAAAAAAAAAACAAAAAGACAGCCAAUAAAGCAAUAUUUUAAAAUUAACAACAAUUUAUUAUAUAUAAAUAAAA